AAGAACCCAAACCAUCUCAAAUCCAACCUCUCAAUUGGUAGAGUACCAUUUGCUCAGUUUUUCAAAAACCCACUUUCCAUUGAGAAAAGAGAAGUAAAAGAACCAAAUGGAAGGAACAGUUUUCACAGAAGAGCAGGAAGCUUUGGUGGUAAAGUCAUGGGGUGUGAUGAAGAAGAAUGCGGCAGAUCUGGGUCUCAAAUUCUUCUUGAAGAUAUUUGAGAUUGCCCCAUCAGCCAGGAAGAUGUUCCCAUUCCUGAGGGACUCAAAUGUUCCACUAGAGCAGAAUCCUAAGCUCAAGACCCAUGCCAUGUCUGUUUUUAUCAUGACCUGUGAGUCGGCGGCGCAGCUCCGGAAAGCGGGCAAAGUCACGGUGAGAGAGUCUAGCCUGAAGAAACUGGGCUCUGUCCACCACAAGAGCGGCGUUGUCGACGAACAUUUCGAGGUGACGAAAUAUGCACUGAUGGAGACCAUAAAAGAAGCGGUUCCAGAGAUGUGGUGCCCAGAAAUGAAGAGUGCAUGGGGCGAAGCUUAUGACCAGCUUGUUGCUGCUAUCAAAUCUGAAAUGAAGCCUUAAAACUUUUUCCAUUGUUCCUUUUGUAAGAUCUGAAGGCAAAAUAGGUAUCGACGAAGAAAAUAAGGUUGUGAUUUGCAUUGCAUGCUUUUGUUGAGACAUUAUGUUACGUCCAUUUCUUUUUUCUCAAGUGAGUUACUUUUAUUAGUUUAA